UUUUUUCACAGCGUAGUAUAAUUUGAGAAACAUCAAACAUUUAGCAGCUGGACCAUAUGCUACUCGGAUCAUUUUUAAAUUCAGCAGAAAUAAAAAAAGAGUCUGAGGUUUCUGUGUUAAGUAAGGAUGCAUUUUUAGUUUAAAAAGUGGGGAAAGGUUUAUAACAACGUGCAUGUUUGCAUUGUACAAUGUUUGCAAGUUGUUGGUUGGAUAAAGUCUAAGUAACAGGCAAGAUGGAAUGGAUUGAUGCAGGUUUUCACAUUAAAGUUGUCUUUUGCAUUUUUUGAAAAUGAGUAAAAGAAGUAAAAUGGUUCUGUUCCAGGUCGUAUAUUGAAAAUUUUCAAAACAGAUAAAAAGAACAAAACCAAACAUCAACAGCAUCAGGAGUCAUAGACAUUAGGAUAGGGCCAAACGUGGCAAAGACCGGCAACAAAGCCGCAAACUAACAACAUUUAGCAUCCUUUCUGAUGCACAGCAUUCAAAUAACAGGCUAGACACCGUUUGAAUGCAAAACUUUGAUCUGGCUCCAGCAAAGAACGGCCUGCAAUAAGUCCUCAAAUUGUAUUUUAAAACCAACAAGAAAGUAUCCCAAAUGAUUGUUGACAUAUUCUGCAGAUAAGACAAUAUCUGCAGAACUAGUUAAUCAAUGAUCAUUUCCCAAAGCACAUUUCUUUAUUUUUUUCUGUGUCAUCAUACAACAGAAAAGAAGGAAAGCGUUGGGUUGCAACCUGCAGCUGAAAUACAUAGUUGAAAAGCAAACGGUGUUUAACUAAUUUAUUUUUUACAUUUAAAUAGUUGGUAUUUAGAAAGAGUUGCAUUCUUUAACUCAAGGGAUUAGAUUCCAAUACAGUUUUUUGUCUUAACUUUCAUUCGUGUCAUUAAAGAAAGGUCAUUGUGAAUACAAGUCAACAUCCAGGUGAGAGUGAUACAUUGGGGAUUCCUUAGCACUGCCUACAUUUCAGAUGCUGAAAACUUUGUGGAGGUUUCCAGUUAGGGUGCAUUGGACUCUAAAGAGGCACUGGUGCAGUCCAAAUCCAGACAUCUAAUGUUAAAACAAAUUAUUUUUAAAUAACUGAAAGUUGUCUCUGCCGUUUGGUUGAUCCUUUUAGGAUCAGCGAAUCAUCUGCCUCCACCUCAUUAUAUCCUCUGCAUCUACAUCACUCACACCAACCACCCUCAUGUCAUCUUUCACUAUAGGUCCAAAUAAGAAGGGUUAUGGUGAAAGCCAAAGAGGACAUGAGGGUGGUGAGUGUGAGGGAGAGGGGAACAGAGGAAAGGGCAAGAAGAGGGUGGAUGAUUCGCUGUCAGGACCCUUAAAGGUUGUUGUCAAAAUUUAAACAUGUGCACAAAUACAUAGAAAUAUAUAUUUGCAUAAAUGUAUAUUUCAAACUGUACAUGGAGGGGGACAACUGUUUCUCUCCGUUCCUCUCACCCUGCAGCACAAGCUCAGGUUCCUUCUGACACAGUGUCAUGACCAUGCCAUGAUGGUAAACUGUGGAUUAGUCCGCUAAAGGCAUUUGGCCCUGAAUGCCACCCAAGUCACACAUGGAGACCCCUUGCAGUUCUUCCUGUGAAUGGAAGCCAACGGGGGUUUGGCUGCUAGCCCCAACCGUUCUGGCUCUAGAGGGGGACCUGGGAACCUAUGGAACAGAGUGGACUUGGUUUUAAUUGUCUCCACAAGGGGUAUUUGAACAAUUCUUAUUCUAGUUUAUCACCCAGGUAAAGAUAACCAUGACUUUAGAGGGGACAUAAACAGGCCGCAAUUUCUCUGAAUGCCAGACUAUUAACUUCUUACUUAGGUUCUACACAGACUCAUGUUUAGAACUGCUUUCAUGGACAGAACAGUCAAACUGUAAAUCAAAGUACGGUAGUCAAGUUCCUGAUGCUGAAGAAAAGAAGCUCUGCUGUAGUUAUUGUUUUGACUGAUCACUCUGUCAUUAAAGGAGAUUUUACAUGUCAAAGGCUAAAUUUGUAUUUUUGUUUCUUGUCUUCAGGUUGGAAGUCUGACUUUGGCCACAGUUUAGGGAAGAGAGAGGAGGUCAGAUACAGCUACCAAAUGAUAGUUGCGAUGGAGAACGACCCGGUGGUGAUGGAAUCGGCUACUUAUCUGUUUCUGAGGGAUCCCUCUAUGUCAACACUCCUGAGGUACCAUGAGGGGGCACUGCAGGUUUUGCGAGGAAGCUCAAGGCCUUCUGGAAGAAAUCACAAUAUUAUGCUGGUGGGCCAUGGCAGCCAAGGCCCCAUGGAAGCUGCAAAGCUGGCCGGUUAUGGGCCAGACGAUAUUGCCAAAUUAGUCACCACCAUAAAAGCUGAAAUCCUCUCUGGUGACAUUGGUACAGUCACCAUUAUAAGCUGCAGCCUUGGAAAUGAUGAACACUUCAUGCUGAAGCUGUUGCAGGUCCUUCACUCUGCUAGAGUGGAAACAAAGCUGCAUCUGCACACUAGCCUCCUAUCGGUAAACUCUGAUGGAGAGAUAGUGGCUGCUAGUGGCAGCGGCUGGAGGGUCCAUGACCACAGCAGCACAAUCACAGCUGAGCUACUUGAGAAUGGUAUACUUCGGACAGUGAAAGAGCUUGGCUGUGCAGGUCCCAUCCUUUCAGAUUACAAAGGAAAGGCUUUGUACCUGCAGAUGUUGGAGUGGCCAAGCCAUCCACAAAUGUUUGUUCCAGCAGACUUGCGAAAGAAGUACUCCUCUAUUGACUGCCUGGAGGGUCUAACUUGGAGCUUGUUCUUUGAGGAGACUGAAAAAAGGCGGGCUCCAGAUUACACCCCAAACCAUGGUCAAGUAAAAGCUGUUUGGCUUAAAGAGAUAGAGGCAAAAACAAUUGUUCCCAAACAUAUCAACAAUAUACUGGACCUGCUGGUAGAGAUCAGAUACAAUGCCAGGGAGGAAGUUUCCGAUGACCUGUACUAUGUUCUUAAUGACUGUAUUUACAAAGUGCAAAAUAAUAACCUUAGCAUCAGCCUGGUGGGGAAGUUCAUGAGAAUGGACAAUGAAGGGGAAGUCGAGGAGUUUGUUCGCACUUUCAGCAAUGACCCGCAGGAGUCGUCCCUGCUGGAGCUACAGCAGGGUCUCAAAGCAUCCAAGUUUACUGAUUUCUGUCGCCAGACAUUUCAGCUUCACCACUGCAUCUUCAAUUGCGAGCGAUGGGGCAAAUACUUCAUGGCAGCAGUGUUUUCAGCGUCUGUGCGCAACUUCCGAACUUUUUCCCUUUUUCUCAUGAGUGUUAUUGGCUGUGAGGUAGGGCGCUCUCGCGGGUCUGACAGCCCAUUGUGCACAUCUUUUAUUGGAGAGAACCACCCCAUGGUGACCAAGGAACCUUGGCCGGAGAACCCCAGACGAGGGUUCUAUGGCUGCACUGUUGACAACUACGAAACAGCGCCCCAAAAGGUGUGGCUAGAACAGGUUGUUGCCAAAGAAAAUGCCCUAUACUUUAGAUCAAGGGAGGUCAUGAACGCUCUUCAUUACGAUGAGCAAACAGAGCUAGACAUCUUUGGGAGAGUCAAAGUCAUGAAUAAGUAUGUGUUCUCAUCAUAUCUUGACUAUUUUCGAGGCACACCUGAAGGAAAGAAACUCAAGAGUGGAUGUCCGUCCUCACUCCAUUAGAGCUAAAAUCCACAUCUCUACAUUAAUUCCAAUCAAAACAAAAAAGAGAAGUUGGGUAUCAUCCAUCAAUUCCUAUCAAUAAAAAUCAAUGACAAGGUCAAGCUGAAAAUAUGGAGAGUUUUUAUGGUUUUUCUGUAUUUGUUGAGCAUUAUGCAUUGAAUGUCAACUUUGUGUUUGCUUUUCCAAAUAAAAGAUUAAAUUCCA